AUGACCUCGCUCCCCUACCGCGCCAAGGACGGCGACCCGGCAGAGAUCCCGCUCGACAGCCUCUCGCCCUCGCGCCACGUGCCCCUCGACCGCGAACGCAACGCCAGCCAGGCCUCGUCGCUCGGCGGCCCCCCGCCUCCCCACCACGUCCACGCCCACGACUUCAACGACGACCACUACUUCGCCGGCCUCGACCCGGGCAACCAGGCCGCCUACGUCGACACGGCCCACUCGCAGCAACACAACCCUGCCGACACGUCGAGCGCCAGCGGCAGCGGUUCCUCGCAGCACCAGCAGCACCAGCAGCAGCAGUCUGGCUGGGGCCAGUACGACACCGUCGUCGACCGCAGCCGCGAUGAAAAGUCCGGCCUGCACUUCAGCGAGGGCACCCGCGGCGAUGCCUUCCAGCCCCCGCAGGCCCCCUUCUCCCAGCGCGACAACUACGGCGGCCACAGCCGGGCCAGCUCCAUUGCCAGCACCGCCGACGACUCCGACGACUUUGACUGGGACACUUCGAGCGACGAGGACGAGGAGCGCGACAAGGGCGACAGUUCGGGCAAGAUUGUGCGCGCCCGCCGCGGCCGCAAGCUCUAUCUCGCCUGCCUGCGCCUCGCCCGCCCCGUCCGCCUCUUCCUCAUCGGCCUCAUCGGCACCGCCAUCCUCCUGACCCCCUUCAUCGUCAUGCUCACCACCUACAAGGGAAACCCGGCGCGCGGACAGGUCGAGGUGUGGAGCAUCUGGCUCGCCAUCAUCUGGGCCGCGGCGUGUGGCACCUUCCUCGUCAUCGACUGGGUCCCCGCGCUGCUGAUGCGCAUCGUCAUCGCCGUCUACGGCAAGGCGCCCGAGGUGUCCAAGACGUACAUCGAGGCGUUCAUGGCCACCACCCUCUACCUCAAGCUCGUCCUCUGCGUCGCCUGGGCCUGGAUCAGCCUCGGCGGCGUCGUUGCCAUCGAGUUCAACGGCUCCGACCGCCCGCCCUACUUCAAGUACGUCUUCCUCGUCCUCCGCGCCCUGUUCGCUUCCACCAUCAUCCUGCUGGCCGAGAAGCUGGGCCUGCAGAUCAUCGCCAUCGGCUUCCACAAGACGGCGGUCAAGGACCGGCUGGUGAGCAACCAGAUGGCGCUGCGGGCGCUCGACAAGCUCCACGAGUCAAAGUACCUCCAGUCGCGCCCCAACAAGCGCGCCACGGCGUCGGCGUGGCAGAGCACCUUCAACAUGCGUUCCAGGCCGGGCACGCCCGCCGGCAUGCCGAGCGGCGGCCCGCACAGCCGCAAGGCGUCGCGCGACAACCUGGGCGGAUACUUUGCGCCGGCCAACCAGGCCGACGAUGGCGUCGACGGCCACGAGAAGAGCCAACACCACUCGCACCACCACCACCACCACCGCCACCCGUCGUCGCACCUGGCCAGCAACGGCGCCAAUACGGCCGACGGCUCGCCGCUGACGGACCACGAGAAGCGCAGGCGCGAGCGCAAGGCCAACUUUGGCACCCAGAUCUCGGACGCCAUCGCCAACGCCACGAUGAAGGGCGGCAAGCUGUACAAGGGCCCCUCGUACGGCUCGCAGCGCUCGGCGCGCAAGCUGGCCAAGCUCCUCUUCACCAACCUGUCGGACCACAAGUCGACGCUGGUCGCCGAGGACUUUAUCCCCUACUUCAAGACCGAGGAAGAGGCGCGCGAGGCGUUUGCGCUGUUCGACGCCGACAAGAAUGGCGACAUCAGCAAGGAGGAGAUGCGCGAGGCGGUGCAGCGCAUCUACCGCGAGCGCAAGGCGCUGAGCACCAGCCUCAAGGACAUGAGCAGCGCCAUCUCCAAGCUCGACAACGUCCUCAUGUUUAUCGGCUUCAUCAUCGUCGUCUUCAUCUGGCUCCUCAUCUUCAACGGCGACUCGACCGUCGACAACAUCGUGCCGCUGUCGACCUUUGUCGUCGGCUUCUCGUUUGUCUUUGGCAACUCGGCCAAGAACAUCUUUGAGAGCAUGAUCUUCAUCUUUGCCACCCACCCCUACGACGUCGGCGACCUGGUGUGCAUCGACGACGAGUGGAUGUUUGUCAAGGAGUUUGGCCUCCUCUCGACCGUCUUCCGCACCACGACCAACCAGGAGAUCAUCGCGCCCAACGCGCUGCUGGCGUCGUCCAAGUACAUCUACAACUCGCGCCGCUCGGGCGCCCAGUGGGAAGUGCUCAAGAUCCAGUGCGCCUUUGACACGUCGCUGCAGACGCUCGACACGCUGCGGACGCGGCUGCGCGCGUGGACAAAGGAAAACGACCGCGAGUUUGGCGGGCCGCUCGACCUCAACUUUAACGAGAUCUCGCAGCAGAAUGCCGUCGAGCUCGUUGUCGCCUUUGAGCACAAGGGCAACUGGCAGGACUGGGGCGCGCGCUGGGCGAGGCGGACCAAGAUGAUGCGCUUCCUCAAGACGACGUGCGAGGAGCUCGGCAUCCGCUACGAGCUGCCGCCCCAGCCCAUUGCGUUUGAGCCGCGCAGCGGGCCGGCGCCCUUUAGGCUGGGCAGCGCCCGCCGCACGCCCGCCAUGUCGCGCGUCUGA